GAACGCCAGCAGUGCCGGUUGAUAUUUCAUCUGUAGCUGCACCGAACAGCAAUACGAAUACUAAAUGUAGGUGCUGUGCCCUGAUCUGUGCCUGUUUCUGCGGCCGUAGCUUUGGUGGAAACGACAACCAGGAGCACAUCAUUGACGUAGGGGCCCGGGCGCGUGAACAGCAACGGCCAGGCUUGACAGGGAGCUUGGAAACAAGUAGUUCUUCUACGUCCUCUCCAAGGCGACGACCCGUGCUGAGCAGUUUGCUUUUCAAGUUUCUCAACUUGGUUUUCUUCCUCGUCGUGCAAAACCUCACGUUCGGAACGGUGCUCUCCCACCGACAGACUACCUGGGUGCAACUGCUGUGGACGAUUCGGUACCUCACGGUUGCGCUCUGGAUCCAGUGCUUCAUCCUGGACACACUGUACCUCAGUGUCCCGGCCGUGCCGCCUAUCGUGGUGCAGUAUCUGCAGCACAUUGCCUGGGGCGGGGUCUUCGCCCGGGGUGGAGGUAGUGCUGGUUUUUCUACCCCUGAUGAUGUUGGACGAGAAGUGGGUGGAGGUAGCACUUCUUUUAGUACCGGAGUUGUAGACCCCGACGCGCCACAGCACGGCGGACGACGCAUGAUCACACAAAAUGGAGAUGGACUGGGCGACGUAAGAAAUAAGCUAAAGAACUUCAACGCGGCCGCGCUGGAAGACGGCGGCCGGGAUGAUGAAAUAAAUCUUCACUUCCCGGCACCUCCGUCGAGGAAAUUGUCCACGACGUCUUCAGUGGAGUUAGCCGCGAAAGCGCAUGUCGUCUUUGGACCAGCAGGGCCACGACCAGGAGGGAAAAAGAUAACAUCAAUCUCUACUUCGGGACGACGAGGCAGGAGCUACAGAAAAGAAGAAGAGGAACGCAGCACAGCGGCCCUUUGUGAAGAACAGCCACAGGAGGAAGCUCCUGCUCAAGUUGAUGUAGCUGUACGAGCAAGCAGUCCUGCGCGGGCUGUUGACGAAGAUGCUUUGUCACACGACGGAACUUCGUUCCUGGAAGAUUUUCUGAAUUUUUCCAAGGACGAUAGUACUAGCAGUUUUAUUGCGGAGCAGCAAGACCAGCAGCCUGAUGAUUUCAUUUUGAUGAAUCGCGAUCAUCUCCUUCGAGAUGAAGAAGAAGUGCAGAAAUUUUCUCCGGACUACGUUCUCGAUGACCGUGAAAACAAGCGACAACGGCGAGCUAAACCCAAGUCAAACUCAAUUUCAGAACAACUUUUGCAACAGCAUAACUGGCGGGGGACAGAUACUUCAUCUUCUCGUGCCGAAUUAACUACCAUGGGGACCGCAAGGACUUCGGACUGUAAUAUGCUGGCGCAGAGGUGGAUCUCGGACCGCGAUCAGGAGGAGGACAGCACUUUGCUUCGGAAAAGUCAAAGUUGCCCUCUGUCGACGCAGCUUUCACCGGUGCGAGGAGUGGAGGUUCAUCGUCGUUCUGCAGGAGAUGAAGUGCUACCAGUUGCACAGGAGCAAAGUAGCUUUCCCCUUCAUGAGGGAGGUCGAGAAGGUCCCCUGCACGACGAAAAUUCUUGUACCGACCAGCUACCCGACGACCACCAAAGGUUGCUUGCGAAUCAAGAAGUUGUCCUGGAACCUCCCGCCCACUGCGACCUGCAGGACCACCUGGUGGAGCAGACACAACGAAAAAUGAUCGCAAGCGAUGAAUUUGAACCCUCAAGAAGAACACAAGGCCCUCAACACGGGGUGGUGGAUAAUUUCGGGUCAGCGUCUAUCCCUUCUGCACCAGGGUCCGUAAUAGCUGCUCCUGCGGAAGUGGCUUCUUGUAGAAAUCAGCCACAACGACCUAGAGCGAGUACCAGCGAUGAAGGUGCCUGUAGUAAUGUUGUACUACAACCACCAGGAGUAUCUCCUGGGACUACUCCACCGAUGAGCCCGAGCCGGCAAAAAUGGCUGCAAAACCAGAAGCAAAACGCAUCAUCCCGGAGCCACGACACCGAAGACCUCCUCGUCCCAAACGCUGCCAAUGCCCGUGGUAAAAACUACGUCGAAAAACAAGCCCGUCGAUCCUUUAUUUCGAACAAGCGUGAACAUCAACUCCCGGAAAAGACUAGAAUCAUGCGGCGCAGCACAUCUAGCGCCUUUUCCAGCUCGACAAGAAAUAGAAAAAGACUGCGAUCUUCAUCAACGGAAGCACCCUUCGGACGAUCCUUCGAGGACCCGAUAGCACUUCUUGCACGACCAGGCCCUUUUGACGAAUGGAAAACAAAUGGAAACCAAGAGGAUGGUCAUGGUGCAAAUUCUCUUGUCGACAUUUAUGACGACUUGGCUCUGGACGUGUUUUCGCAGGAAGAUGCAGGUGAAAUGAUGUUAACCAGUGGCGCAGGAACGACGACCAACGCGUCUACGGUGAUGUCGAUCUCGCGCCGCGUUUUUGACGAGGAGGAAAAUUGGAUGCAGACCGGACUUGUCCCGCGCCUGCCGGACCGUUACCAGUAUUUCAAGGACUUAGAGCGGUGUCGCACCACGGUGCAGUACUCGCACGUGUUAGCACCUUUGACCUUGCUCGUCUAUUUCGCUGGGGCAGCCUACUUCUACUGGUGCGCUAUGGCGGCUAAGGGCGUUGAGGUGGACGGCGGCGCGGGGGGGCUGCACGGAGGAGAGGCGAAAAAUGCGAACACUAUGCUAGAAGUACUGCCAGGGAACCAAUCCGCCUGGGAAAGCAACGAGGACAGCACUUCCUUUUAUCAUUUUCCGUCGUCCUCUAACUCAAACAGCGGUGAACAUCAUGAAGACCCAUUCCCAUUCUACGCAAUGAUACAAAAUGUGCAGGAGUACUACACCUGGGGAGGAGCAGGAGGAGGACGACAAGUAACACCAAGUGCCCAAAUGAGCGGCCUUGACGAAACAAACUGGUUCUCAGCACCGUGGCACUGGUUGCGCGUCUUUUUAUCCGGCAUCAUUUUUAACAAAAAGUUUUUGUCAGCAAGCAGUGUGGUGGUUUGGCUUCUAGUUUCGAUCGUGCUCCAUCUUCGCGCGACCGAAAUUAGGGUUUUACCAGAAAAGAUCUGAGACAUUUUUUUUUUGUAUGAGAUCAACUAUAAACCAUAAGCAAAGAGAAGUAGUGCAGAUCCUAGUGUUCAAGGAGGAUUAAGAUAGGUCUCUGCUCGUCUCCUCCUCCACCGCGGUUCAAUGUGAUCAGCAUGCGUCUUCGGGACUUGUCCGACAUCAAUGCGGGGCCAUCCGCAAUGAUGUUUUAGCAAGCCGAGGCUCCUCAUCCUCGUAGGUACGUAAUCGCUCCACCCCGUCACGCUUGGGAAGACACAGCCAGGGCGCGCACGAUCUUGCUACGCGAAGAAAGCGGGCACCCAAGAGACUGACUUUGUCUUCGACUCCAUUAGCCUCUGCUAUGUCUUGGCGGCUGUGUCACUGUACCUGUCUCCUUGUGCCCUGUCGCCCAAGCUGACUAGCCCAAAACAAAGCUUUUCGUUGAAUAAAAAAAGGGGAUUGGAAGGCAUGAUCAUCAGCAAGGAACGACAGUGGCGGACAUUUUUGGAAAGAGCAAUCAUGACGAGUUAGGAUCUCUCGUCAGCGUAGCUAGUCUUCUUUCUGCCCUCUUCAGAGACAAAAUCUGAUUAGAGGAGACGGAAAUUAUCUCUAGAGGUCGCGCGCAAGGCACCUGCAAAUUGAAGACACGUGACUGCUUUUCAACAAAUAAUGUCCAUGGUAGCGGAAUUGUCGGAACUAGGGGUCAUCCUCUGCUUUCUUAUCAAAGUGCGACAUCUAUAUCUUCCGAAGAGAAGGGGCAUAAGAUGUUUCUUCUCUUCACCCUUGACAUUGAAAUUCUCAAGGUUCGUCCGUCACUUUCCACCCCCUUGAAGCCCCUCGCUACCAAUUGCAAAGAAGAGCUGAUUGACAUUUUUUCUCAGUGUGGUGGUUUGGCUUCUAGUUUCGAUCGUGCUCCAUCUUCGCGCGACCGAAAUUAGGGUUUUACCAGAAAAGAUCUGAGACAUUGACAUGCUGUAGUUGUCCGGUCGUUUUGGUCUAUAAGUAUUGCGAUCAUUGCGAUUGGUGCUGUCGCUGUGUCUACAGCUUCAUCUACAGCCACAUCCGCUCCUUGUACUAGGAGCCAAAACAGAUGUACAAACCGAACACGAUCUGGAGGAAU